CUCACACACACACACUUACACACACACACAUUCAUACUUAGACACUCCAGAACAGAGCGAGCAAGCGCGCGCGCGAGAGAGAGGAAGAGAGGGAGGACGGUGGGGGAGCGCAGUGCUGCCCCGUUAUCCCGGCAGACCCCCUCAGAAGGGGAAAGGGGGAUGACAUUCUCCUCCGUCCACACGCGCGCGCGCGUCUGACGAGGACACACGAGCACACUAAGAUAACACACGCACGCACGGACAUAUACACGCCAGGCUGCGUUGAAGAGCAGGAAGGUGAUUGAUUGGCAUGUGGAACGGAGACGCGCGCUCGCUCGCCCGCGCGCGCACGAUCUCCGCGUUUUUGGGCACAAACACGGGCGCCGCCGUCGCGUGACUUAAUGGACAGAAAAAGAGGAGGAGGAGGAGGUGACGGGGAGCGCGCGAGAACACGCACACACGUAUACACACGCAUACAUAUACACACACGCAUACACACACACUUACACAAACAGACAGGCAGAUGAGGACGGUGCAGGAGGCGCGCGACAGACCUCGGUGUGUGGAAGACUGAUCCCUCCUGAGUGAGGCGGUGGGGGUGCUCAUGGCUACCGCACAAGGGCUGGGCUGGCUGGGCUUAGGCCUGGCUCUGCUGGCCCUCAGCGUGGUGUGCCAGAGCUGCCCGCCACGGUGCGAAUGUGUGGCUCAGCUGCGCUCCGUGUCCUGCCAGCGCAAGCGCCUGUCCGGAGUGCCAGAGGGCAUCCCCACAGAGACGCGGCUGCUGGACCUCAGUAGGAACCGGCUGCGCUGGGUGGCUCCGGGAGAUCUGGCGCCGUACCCGCGGCUGGAGGAAGUGGACCUGAGCGAGAAUCUCAUCUCCACGCUGGAACCCAACGCCUUCGCCAGUCUCCAGGCCCUGCGCACGCUGCGUCUCAGGGGAAACCAGCUGAAGCUGGUGCCCAUGGGCGCCUUCGCUCGCCUGUCGAACCUCACCACCCUGGACCUGAGCGAGAACAAGAUUGUCAUCCUGCUGGACUACACCUUUCAGGACCUGCGCAGCCUCAAACACUUGGAGGUUGGCGACAAUGACUUGGUGUACAUUUCCCACAAGGCUUUCUCAGGGUUGGUGGGUUUGGAGGACCUGACGAUAGAGCGAUGCAACCUGACUUCCAUCUCUGGCCAAACACUGUCCUACUUGCGCAACCUGGUCACGCUUCGACUGCGUCAUCUCAGCAUCUCUGCCCUGGAGGACCAAAAUUUCCGCAAGCUGUCUGCUCUCAGGGGGCUAGAGAUCGACAACUGGCCGUACCUUGAGUACAUCUCCCCUCUCAGCUUCCAAGGCCUGAACCUGUCAUGGCUGUCCAUCACUUACACCAACAUCACUGCCGUUCCUUCUGCAUCCUUCCGCAACCUCGCUUACCUGACGUCACUGAACCUGUCGUACAACCCAAUAUCUGUGCUGGAACCAUGGGCAUUCAAGGAUCUAAUAAGGCUAAAAGAGCUGCAUAUGGUCAGCACUAACCUGCAGACUGUGGAGCCUCAUGCUUUGGGUGGUCUGAGACAGAUCCGAGUUCUUAACCUGUCCAACAACGAGCUGAUCACUCUGGAGGAGCGCUCCUUCCACUCCGUCAACAGCCUUGAGACCUUGCGAGUUGACGGGAACCCUCUUUCUUGCGAUUGCCGGCUUCUCUGGAUCCUGCAGCGCAGACGCACCCUGAACUUUGAUGGCAACAUGCCUGUUUGCGCUGGCCCCCCUGAGGUGCAGGGCAACAUGCUAAGCAGUUUUACGGAUUCAGCACUGUUUGAUUACUUCACCUGUCAGAAGCCCAAGAUACGCAACCGGAAGCUUCAGCAAGUGACGGCAAGGGAGGGACAGUCUGUGUCCUUCUUGUGUCGUGCUGAGGGAGAACCAGCGCCUGCCAUCAUCUGGAUCUCACCGCAGCGGAGACGGAUCACCUCGAAGAGCAGCGGCAGGAUCACAGUCUUGCCGGGUGGGACGCUGGAGAUCCGUUACGCCCAGGUGACUGACAGCGGCACGUACAUCUGCAUCGCCAGCAACGCGGGUGGCAACGACACCUACUUCGCCACGCUGACGGUGAAAGGUCAGCCACUGGACUCGGCGCUGUUCGCCAACCGCUCGCUGUACGCGGUGGACUUCAACGACACGGGUCUGAACAGCACACGUGUCUUUCUUAAGUUCACUCUGGACCUCACCACCAUCCUGGUGUCCACGGCCAUGGGCUGCAUCACCUUCCUGGGAGUGGUGCUCUUCUGUUUCCUGCUGUUGUUCGUGUGGAGCCGCGGAAGAGGCCAACGCAAGAACAACUUCACAGUGGAGUACUCUUUCAGGAAGACGGAGGGACCCACCACCAGUGGGACCUCCGGAGGGACCCGCAAGUUUAAUAUGAAGAUGAUAUGAAACAACGCAGCCAGGGGCCCCCUGGGGGAGGCAUGAACACCCAACACAAGCACACAGCGCUGACUCGCAGAAACACAAGCAGCAGAAACAAAACAUCCAGAAGAUCCCAGGUCAAGAUUUGAUCUUUGGGACUGAUUAAGUGAUUAAGCUUCCUUUGAUCUCACUGCCUUGGGGAAAGGUAUUAAUAGUUUGAAUGCAGCUGAUGGUACAGUAAUUACCGUAAUUAAUGUGACAGUAAGUCACUUUUUAUAAAUUGUUUGGAUAUUUGGUCAUCUUUGAAUUUCAAGCUUAAUAAGAUUUCCGUAAGUUUCCUUUUCCCUUUAGCUUGAUUUGCUUUCGUGGUUGGAUGGAUGCUGCUGUCCUAGAGUGCAGAAUUUUGAAGAUUUUUGAAACACUCUUACAGUAAAAGUGCUAGAAAGGAUUCUUUGAGUGAUGCCAUAGAGAAACCAUGUUUGUAACCUUUUAAAGUCCUUUUAAAGAAGUUUAAAGAAAUAGUUUACCAACAUCAUAAAGGUUCUACAUUUACAUCUUUAAAACAAAUGGUUCUUCUAUAGCACGGUAUGUCAACCAAUGUUCCUGGUUCCUGUUGGGGGGAAAUCGCACAAGAAUUGAGGAAAUAUCUUUUCAGAUACGUAUAUAAAGAUUUUCAACAAACAUAAAAUGUAAAAUGUGACAGAUAUUAUGAGUUAAAAUAUUUGUAAAAACUAAAACAUACUUUAUUUAGUUCAAGCUCGUCAAGCUCAUAGUGCAUAGUGCAGUCACAUUCACAGCAAGCUGGUGGAUUAAGUGUUAAUAUUAGUAUUAAUCUUAUUGCAAAUUGAGGUUUCCACAUGAAAACACAUUUAUUUCACAAGAAUUUAAAGCAGUUCAAGCCUAUCAAUCAAUUUGAUGGGCUGAUAGGCUACAAUUGAUUGUUGUGCUGUAUAGGGCAGUUUCCUAGACAUGGAUGAAGCCUAGUCUUGGAUUUUUUUUAUUAUUGAAAGGAACACAUAGUCUAUGUCUGAGCCUCAAACCAAUUCUAUUUGCUUAGAGUUUAAAUAGGUGAUUAUUUAUAUUUGUGUGUGCACUUUUGGGGAGGGCAAUAUUAUAUCGUAUACAAUAUAUCGUGACACAGAAAUAUCAUGAUAUUAAAAAUCCAUAUCGUGAUAAUAAAGAUGUUCUGUCUUAAAAGUAGUCUAUUAUUUACUGUGAAGCUUUAGGUGUAUUUAUUGUAUAAUUGUUUUAGUUUACAGUUUAUAUGCAUGCACUAAAUAUUCUGCAAUAUUAUUUGCUGCUUUAUAUUAUUGUAUGCUAUAUUAUUUAUUUUGCCACAUUAUGAUUAUUCUGUUAUACUAUUAUACUAUAUUCCUGAAAUUAAUGAAUUAUUUUAAUUUUCUUAUAUCGCCAAGUAUAUGGUUAUCGCAAAAAUACCCUGAAAUAUUGUGAUAUUAUUUUAGAGCCAUAUUGCCCACCCCUAGUGCACUAUAGUUGUGCAAAAGUGAGGGGAAAAAUGAAACCCUUCUCUACGGCAUCCCUCAAAGAAUCCUGUGUAGCACCUUUGUGUUUUAAAAGUGUAAUACAUCCAGGGACAGUACCACUAACCAAACUUGAACCCUAUUUGUAAAAUUAAAUUUUAAUAUGCAGUAGUUUAAGAAAAAGCAGCAUGCUGAUGAACUAUAUAAACUCCUCAUAACAAAUACUGUAACUUUAUUUAAAUUAAACUAUAAAAAAUGAUGAGCGUAGAGUAUUUCCAUAAUGUUAUUUUAAAAUUAAACCACCCACACUGUACAUGAACUGAACAUCCCAUCGCAGCUGAAGGGAGGGGGAAAAAAAGGUAUUGAGACCAGAAGCUAAACGAGGAGCCAUCCUUGCUUUUAAUCACAAUAAACAUUUGGCCAUUGCGCUGCUUAGCGAAGGCAUUAGCAGUAAUGAAAAAAUAAUCACUGAUUCAUCGUUUAGAGCUCUAAACGAUGAGCGCUAAAGCUCGGCAUUCUGCGAUUAGGUGCUGUGUGAGUUGGGAUUAGCACACCGGCCGCAACACUGCGAGCGCUCUGCUGCUAGUGUAGUACUGAACACGGUACUCAGGUAGCAGCACUGCGUCACAGUGGGUAUUAAGCUAACGUGCAACCAGGACCUCAGGGUCUGGUUGGGAAGCCAAGCCGUGGGUACUGGCUGCACUAUUAGUGGAUGUACUGUGCUUAGGCCCGGAGGUGGAGGGCCGGUACGGGGGGUUUAACCCCUUCAUAUCCUCUCCACUGCCAGGUCUAAGCACAUGCCGGCGACCCUUAAGCCUUCAUGGGGGGAGGCUUCUCAGGGCGUCUGGGCCAUUUGAUGUCAGACACAUGCUGUAUGCAUAUACACAUAGAAAUACACAUACACUUACACAUACUCAUAUACUUAUAUACCCAUAUAAGCCAUAUGCACACAUUAUUUUUACCAAGCACAAAAAAAAAUCUAAAAAGCUCCGCGAAAUAAAUCGAUUAUAGCUUUUAUUAAUAGCUACAUAUCGACAGGCGAGCAUGCACAGUGUAGGGAAUGCAGGGAAAGACAUGUCAAAAAAUGUCUAAGAAAUGAUAUGUGAGAUGCACAAGCAAUUUUUUUCAGCACACACUUUCUCAAGCUAAUGCUAACUGCUACACGCUAACUGCUGACUGUAAAGUAAUUCAUACUAAAAAAAAAAAAGAAAAAAAGAAACAGAGCGCAUUUUAUUUUUCUAUUAUUCCACUGUACAGACUAUUUUUUUGUGUUGGAUCAACAGACUUCAAAGCAAUUAAAUCUCGACUAUUAUGAUUACUAAUAUUACGCUAAUCGAACCGCAUGUUUUGUCGUUCAUGGUUGUUGCCUUAGCCUCGCCAUGCGCAUUUAAUUCAUUCAUUCAAUUACGUUAAUUAUGCCUAUUCUUUGCAAGCCUCUUCGCAAGCAGUAACAGCGUCAAGUGCUGCAGUAACACAGAUUUAUUGCUGUUUGUUGCUCUUUUCAAAAUAUUUUUUUCACUGGAUUUACAGGAAGAUGUAAUGUUAUGUAGACACUUUUUUAUCAUUUUGAUAAAAGAUUCGACUGAAGCAGUAAAACGUAUGUGAUGAUAUUAUAAACAUGUCAUAACACCAUUUGCAGCCUUUUAAAUUUUUUCAUUCAUUUAAGGGUCAUUCUACAGAAACAUCUUUAAAUGUUCAUUUUUAUUAUUUAAACUUCUGUAUAAAUAUGCAUAUAUUUUCGUGCAUUUCUUUAAAAAUGGUGAGUACCAAAGACAGGCUGCAUCAGUGACUGUAACAUCAGUGACGAUAAGACCAAUUACAGUAACUCCAGUAAGAGUAACACCAUUGACCAUAACACCAGCGACAGUAACACCAUUGACCUCAACAUUAAUGAUAGUAACACCAGUGACAAUAACACCAGAGACAGUAAUACCAGUGACAUUAACGCCAUUGACCAUAAUACCAGUGACAGUAACAUUAAUGACAGUAACACCAGUGACCUUAACACCAUUGACAUUAACACCAGUGAGAGUAACACCAGUGACAGUAACGCCAGUGACAGUAACCCCAGUGACAGUGACUUCAGUGACAAUAACACUAGUGACCCUGUCAUCAGUGACUAAAUGCAGUGAGAGUAACACCAGUGACAGUAAAUCCAGUGACACUAACACCAUUGACCUUAAUACUAGUGAAAGUAACACCAGUGAGAGUACCACCAGUGAGAAUAACACCAGUGACGGUGACUUCAGUGAAUAUUACACCAGUAACACCAAUGACAGUGACUUUAGUGACAGCAACACCAGUGCCACUAACUCCAGUGACAAUAACAUUAGUGACCUUCUCAUCAGUGACUAAAUCCAGUGAGAGUAACACCAGUGACAGUAAAUCCAGUGACAGUAACACCAAUGACCUUAACAAUAGUGUGAGUACCACCAGUGAGAGUACCACCGUUGAGAGUAACACCAGUGACAGUGACUUCAGUGAAUAUUAUACCAGUAACACCAAUGACAGUGACUUUAGUGACAGCAACACCAGUGCCAGUAACUCCAGUGAUAAUAACACUAGUGACAGUUACAACAAAGACAGUAACACCAUUGACCUUAACACCAGAGACAAUAACACCAGUGACAUCAACACCAGUAAAAAUAACACCAGUGACAUCAACACUAGUGAAAAUAACACCAGUAACAGUAAAACCAUUUACCUUAACACCAGUGACAAUAACACCUGUGCAGCUAACAUCAGUGACAGUAACACCAUUGUGAGUAACACAGUUGACCUUAAUACCAGUGAGAAUAACACCAAUGACAGUAACACCAUUGACCUUGACACCAGUGACAGUAACACCAGUGAGAGUAACACCAGUGAGAGUAACACCAAUGAUAGUAACACCAUUGACCUUGACACCAGUGACAGUAACACCAGUGAGAGUAACACCAGUGGAAAUAACACCAGUGACAGUAACACCAUUUAGAGUAGCAUCAGUAAGAGUAACACCACUGAAAAUAACACCAGUGACAGUACACUGUUGGGGUAAACAUUAGCUGUAUAGUAAUAUUGUUAAAUUAAUGGCUCAAAUUUUAAUUUUAACAUUUCUUAGUGUAAUAUAUCUGUAAAGUUCAUGGACACAAACAUGGAUGUUUCUGUAAAAUAACCCUUUUUUGGACCGUUUUUGAUGGAAGGCUCUAUGGUGUAGAGAAGGUUUGUAUUAUUUCCUGAGGUUAUUUCCUAUAAAUCAGGAAAAGCUUACAUCAUCACAUCACAAGACACAUGUAUUACACACAAACACACACACACACACACACACACAUUUCGGUUUAGGUUCUCUGACUUCUCUGACUAUCGGCGGCCUGUGUGCAAACGUCUCUGCUUCUCCUGCCCAGUCUUCACCCCCCAUUACUCCCCAUUCCCCAUACCCCGACUGGGUCUCAAUGAGGGAGGGGUCCUUGGCUGGUGACCACGGAUGUAAAUGAAAUUCAUAACACCCAUCUAGCCCAUGUGUAUUUGACUGUAGAAGGUAUUCUCUCUUUAUAUGUUCAGUUUGAUAUGUGUUUUUGUACUUAAUUUUUUUUUUUUUUUUUUGGAGUUUUUUGUUAUUAAUGUUUUUUUGUUUUUUUCUAAAUGAUCCAGAUUUUAUGUUGAGCAAUUAUCUGUUCUCAAUACUGCACUGUAGAGAAAAUGCCACAAAAAUGGUUGGAAAUUUGAUGAGGAGUGUAUAUUCUAUAUACUAUAAAACAUUAUAGUAUAUAGACUUAAUAUUAAGACAUGCUGUCUUCAUGUGCUAAAAAAGACCAUUUUACACCUGUCUGCUUUAUGGCUAUUGAGUAUUAUCAGGAUUAGAAUAUCUGAAAAUGUCCAAACCACAUAAAAAUACAAGUACAAACUUUAAAAUAGAUAUAAAUCAGUCAAUUUAACCACUUUAGGCAAUGAAGUCAGAUAAAACAGAUACAAAUCAGAUGACAAAUAUUAUCACUUAAACAAACCACUUCAGUAGGUUAUCUGAGAUGCAUUUAAAACAGAUGUAAAUCCAAUCACUCAAACAAAUUACAAAUCAGCAUUUGAUCAGUAGUCUAAUUAAAAAAAAACAUUUGAUAAAGCUUAAAUGGAUUUGGUUAAAAUCCUAAAGAAUUCAAUACCAUUCAAUCCCAUAAGGUGACCAGGUGUAAACAGGGUCAUUCACAUUGUAACUAUCUGAUGAGUCCCAAUUAUGUCAAGAGUUGUACAUGAAUGUCCCUUCAAGUCAUAAUUACAAGAACUUUGGGUGCAAUAUGACGAUUCUAGGCCUUCUAACUAAUAUUUUACUUGUUUUAAACAUGUUAUCAAUGUGUAGGGCUGGGGAUGAAUUCCAAAAAUAUGUUUUGCCUCGAUUGAUUUAAAGAAUAGUUAUAAAUCAUGUAGAGUUAACUAUUUUGGUAUCACAAUUAGAAUUGACUCCAAAAUAUCUGGAAAAUGAACAUCCCUACCUAAAUGGAAAACAUUUAGUUCGUGCUAAAAUGCUACAGAGUAACAUUAUAAUUAUGACUUGGCAUAUUGUCCAAUGGCAGCAAAAGUUACAAUGAAAUAAAGCCCAAAACAUACUCAAUGCAAGGGUAGGAACACCAAUGGAACUGCAAUCCUUCUGUAAAAAUGCAUUGGACAUUCUUACUUAAUGGUGGCAGUUAAAACAUUUAGUUCUUGACAGUACAAGACAACUUAAGCACCUUUUGCCUUUUUUGGCCAUUUUCGAGCUGAUUACCACAUGCCGAGCCUGAGUUGCAUCGGCCCAACUGCAGAUUGGAUCUACACCUGAUUCUGGCCCAAAUGCUUGACCCACAUCCAGGCCGAGUUACAUGUACUAAUGCCUUAGUUGAUGAGUAUAAUACAGCAACUGGGUCAAGCCACUCAUGCCAACACCCCAGGUGCUGAGUAUAAUAUGGGAAUUAGCCCAAAUUACUUAAGCCAACACCCCGGUUGGCAAGUAUAAUAUGAAAAUCGUCCCAAGCCACUUAUACCAACACACUAGUUGCCGAGUAUAAUAUGGAAAAUGGCCCAAGCCAGAUGUGCCAACACACCUGUUACCACGUAUAAUAUGGAAAAUGGCUCAUGCUGCAUGUAUCAAUACUUCUGUUACUGAAGAUAAACCACAUUUGGCUAAAUAUUGCUUGAAGUUAAGUCUCAGCUAAAACUGCAGUACAUCAGUCGAAGUUGGGUCGAAUAUUCAUGCUAACUGUGAUUAUUUAAUAUGCCAGACUGCAUAUCUUUUUGAGCCAUCUUCACCUGCAUCCUUGCAUUGACUAUGUUUUGGUCUUUCUGUAGUGCGCUCCCUACUGGCAUAAACUAGAAUAUGCCAACUCUACUCCAGGUCAGCAAGAACCUUCUAGAUAAUAUCCAUAAACCAAAGAGCCAUGAGUAUAGUGAUGAUGAUGUUUCUAGGUAAAAAAAAAAGACUCUUUUUGCAGCCCCACCCCGUUCCUAAUUUUUUUGGCUCAUUUGAAACAUAGUUCAGUGUUCUCAGACCUCACCGACAUCAUCAGCAGUGAAGUAGGGUGGAGUGCUUGUCGUGAGUACAGUCGAUGUUGUCCUUGUGGCCUGUGACUCGGUGUUGUUCGUUUGUUCGGUUGGUUGGUCGAGUUUCUCGUUUUCUAGUUUCUUAGCUCUUUCUGUUAGCGUUAGCUCCUUAGCCGUGCAGUCAGUCACUGUGUGUAGGUGUGGUGUUGGAGGGAGAGAAAGGAGGCUCAGCCGGGAUAUGAAGCCACGCCCUCCCGGCAUCACCUGACCCCUAAUCCCAGACCUGUUUCCUCUUCACUUCAGCUUCAUGGACACUUUUAUUCCACGGACUCCGUAGCGAACGCUGGAAUGCUACGCUACUGUCAUAACUGCACUGAUAUUGAUUUUUUUUCCUGUUCACACUUCAGAAUAUAGAACACAGUGUUUUUCACUAUUUUCAGUCAGAAGUAGGCUGCUCUCGUUUGCUAGCUGUCACAGGCGCAGCAGUUCAGCAGUUCUGAGGGUGAAAGCAGUUCUCUGAGUUUUUUAUCGCAGUUCAACAAUAAGCGAUUUUUAUUUUAGCAUGUUAGCAUGAUGUGUUCCCUCUUCUGAAGUGAUGCAGAUGCUCCAUGAAUGAACCAUGUAACAUCACACAGUCAUUAUUUGAGACCUGAUAUGUCUGGUCAUACAUGAAAUCAAUGUGCUAAUAUGCUAAAGCACAUGCUAAAGCGUUCUGUCAGAGCAAUAUUCUUCUCCUCUGAGCGUUCAAUGGCUUUCAGGUUUUUUCAGAUACAUUUAGUUGAGCUGUUCCAUUUCUGUCACUGUUACGCCCCCUGAUGAGAGCAAGUUUGAUGGCAGACAGGAUUUCCUUUGACCUCCAUUUCUAUUUCUCUCUUUUCCCACCUGAUUUCUCACUUAGUUUCUUACUUUCUGUUCACCUUUUUUACCACACCAACUUUUAAAAGUUUGGGAGCAUCCAAAUUGUGUAUAUCUCCUAAUACUAACUAGUUUUUGAGUGUAAACUAUGUAGUAUAGAUACAAUUCAGAGUUAGAGUUGAGUAUCCUUGCUGUGAGUUUUUGACUACAUUUUUAUGAUGGACACUAUAAUCCCACAAUGCAAUGCAAAAUAGACAGGGAGGAGCUACUCAGGUAACUAUUUAAAAAAAAAAUGGCUAUACCAGUUAUACCAUUUCCUGCACAAAACUACUUUGCUGCCAAACCCUAUAAAAAAACAAAACAGCAAUGUUACAGGAGAGUGAUAAAAUCUUCUUAACUUUCAAUGGAAGUCAAUGUAAAAAGAGUUCAUUUUAGGUUAUUUUGGACAAUUAGUUUAUUGGUCCAUUCAUCAAGAAAUUAUGGCACAGUGUAACGGAGAGUUCGUUUCUUCAGAUCAUGUAGUAAACUUUUUUUGGUCUUAUCUUAGCUUUGCUUAACUUAGUAAUCUACCCCCACCACCACCCAGUGGUGGGACCUGCUGAAUUACAGGAAAAUAGGCCAGAUAAUAGACGUUCAUUAAAAGUGCACUUUAAAAGGUGGUGCGCCUUAAAAUGUGGUGCGCCUAAUAGUGUGAAAAAUACGGUAAGCCAUUUCUCUGGAUAAGAAUAUUCUGGUGUUUUGCUUUACCCUUCACACAUUAGCCUGUACUAGACCCUUAUGUAGGUUGUUUGUGUGAGCACGGACUGAUCAUAACUGCUAGCUGUGCUAACCCAACAUUUCAGCAAGCUAUUUAGCAUUAUUUAGCAUUAUUACGAGCAUAGCCAGCAAACUAGCUAGCUCUUUGACUUUGACUAGUCUUACCUGACAGCCUCACAAGCAUCACUGGAGAGCAUCACCAGAGCUUCAUAAGUGAGCCAUUUCUCUGAAUAAGGAUAUUCUGAUGUUCUGGUUGACCCUUCACACAUAUGUGGAUGUUUAGCUGUUAAAUGUAGAGCUUUCAACCAAUUUACUAUGAAUGGAACAAUAAAUAGCAAUACUCUAUGCCAAGUUAGAUACAUAUAGAUUACAGAACAAAAUAAUGUUGCAUGAAGUAUCAAGGGCUGCACUGUUUAAAACAUUAAAUAAUAAUAUGUACUAUACUAAAUUUGGAUUGAUGGGUAGUGGGUAACUUGUGUUUACCAGAUUUCUGAUAACGUAAGAACUCUAAUGUUAACUCUAAUGCAGAUUUGGACAUUUUAACACAAAGUAGACGAAGAUGGCCCCUCCAUUGUUGAUGUGGAAAAUAGGUGAAUAGUCCAUCUCUCAGCGCCAUUGUUUUUCUUUUUAUUUUUCUAUUUCUUUCUGUUUCACUCUGUCGCAUUCACUUUAUUCUCUCUCUCUCUCUCUCUUUCUCUUCUUUCGGCUCCUGUUUUCACUCUCUGCCCCUCAGGACUGAAGCUCUGACACCUGCCACCCAGACACACACUUUGCGGCAAUAAGCGAAGUUGCAGGCUGUAAAAGAGCUAAAGGGCUUCCAAAUGUUCCACCAGUUGGGAUGAGAAAUGAGCUGAACAAGAGACUUUGCUUGAGGUCAGAUUACUGAAUAUACACUGAUAAAAUACAUCAACUGGCUGAACUAGUAAAUGAUUUGUAGGUUAAGCUGCAGAUGCAACAGAUGGAAAUCCAGCUAUCAAUUGAUUUUUUAGUUUAAUUGUAAUCUUCAACAGUACAGGUGCAUGGUAAGGGUUAGUUACUGAUGAUCACUGAUGGUAGGUACAAAGUAUUAUAGUGCCGAGGUCAUAGUUCUCUUAACCCUUGUGUGGUGUUCGGGUCUGUGGGACCCGUUGUUAUUUUUCAUCAAAUGAUACAAAAAAAAAAUAUUUUUUCUAACUCAAACUCAUUGGCAUUGGCUCAUUUUUUUGUGAAAACAUAUAUCAAAACACAUUUUCGAUAAACACACACUGUACACCCCCCCCACACACACACAUUUAUAUUACAUACAGUAUGUUUGGCUAAGGGCUAAUAAAUUUGUAACUUUUAAACUAAACACAUGUUCUACUCAUAUCUUGAGUUUAAUUCAUUUUCUUUUACAUUUUAUUAAAAAACUAAUAAAAAAAGAGUAGCACUUUUUAAAAGAAAUGUAACAUAAUAAAGGUAAAGGGCAAAUAUUAACCAUGUAAGCUGUUUAUAUUGCUUGCAAUUUAGGUGAAGCAAGCAUGUGUAAAGCAUUUUAAUGUAAAAUUGCUUAAUUUUGCUGAAUUAAAUACAAGUAACAAACGAGUAGCAAAAAUAUGAACACCACACAAGGGUUAAGUAACUUUACACUAUUUAGAACAGAAGCUGGAGACCCUUAUUCACCCUCCAACCCAACAUUAGGAGGGUGAUAAACGCUGCAACACUUGGACCGCCACAGCUCAUCACACACACACAUGCAUAUAAACCCCAAAACAUACAAAACUUCUUAAAUAAUGCCAACUCUUCCGGUACACAAAAUUUGUAGACUUUUUUUUAAGUUGGAGAAGGACCACCACUGAUUUCCUAAAGAGCACUUUAAUGGACUGUUCUUUAACAAACAUUUGGUGAAUGAAUUUGAGAGUAAAUAGCCAUUUAAAGCUUCUCUUUUAAUGUGAUUUGGUUUAAUCUACAUAGUUACACCCUUAAGGUGUAAACAAAGUCAUUCUGUAUUUACAGGGAUUUCUCUACAGUGUUGAAAAUCAGAACCAGGGGUAACAAUGUCUACAGUUAGAGUUGGAGACAGUAAUAGAGAAGCUAAUUUGCUUCACAACACCUACAAUACUCCAAUAUUAUUGUGCAGUAAUGUCCUGGGCAUACUCUAAUGUAUUUGUACAUGUUUGAUGUAUUACAUUUAUGUUUUCUAUCUUUAAUAGUCAACUGAAUGCUGGUAACUUUCUCCCAAACAGGGCCUUCUACACAAAAUUGCUCUGAAUGACUUUGUUAACAUCGCAAAUACCAUUGGUAAAACUAUGUAUGGCACCUUAAAAGGGCCUUUAAAAGCUAUAAUAUAAUGUAAUAUAAAGGUUGCAUGCCAGUCAGUGAAGAUUUUUAAAAUAUUUUUGCAUAAUAUUGUACAGCCAAGCCAGUCUAAACCAGCUCAAACAGCUCAGUGUGUUCCUUUCAAAUUAAAAGCUGAAUUUAUGCUUUUUUUAAAUAAGCGAUGCCAAAGAUGCAUCAAAUUGCUGGUGCCAAGCAUAAUAUCAUGUUAUGAAUUUUCAACAGAUGACACAUUUUCCUGGUGCUGGCAGUGUAGUCUGAUUGGUUUGGACGAGCAGAGUAACUUUUCUUCUUCUCUGAUCUUCAGAAAGUAGGUCUAAAGCUCCCUCGCCCCCUCAUCAGUCUGGCCUCGUCGGCUGCCUCCUGUGCACGCUGGGAACAGAGGGCCCUCAUACACACACACAUACACACAUACAUGCAUGUGUAUAAACAUAUAUAUAUAUAUAUAUAUAUAUUUUAAACAUUUUUCACAUUAAUGCAUCUUUUUUUCUUCACAUACAAAAAAUCUUCAGAGACAUAAUCAGCAAAAGCAACAGAAAAGAAACAGAAUUUCUCUACUGCACGCACACACACACACACACACACACACUUAUGUACACACAUACACACACACACACACACACACUUAUGUACACACAUAUACACACACACAAACUCAUACUCAUUACCAGCAGUCAUCUGCAGACACACAGACACCCCAGGACACCACUUCAGACACUCGAGCACACAGGCUAGUGAGCUGCAGCCUAAUAGCUCAAAUAAAGCCUUUUUGAUAUUUAUGCAUGCCUCCCUUUCAUCUCAAGGUCACCGAGUGUGUUGCGCUUUCAUUCAGGAGACAUUCUGACCCACGUAUAUUAAACACUAAUGCAGCGAGGUCAUCAGUAUUCCAUCAUGUAGUCCAUAAACCACAAAACGCCCUCAUUCAGAGCCGCUGAAAGGAUUUCCGUGCGCUGAUGAGAACGGGAGCCUUUGAAUCCUGCCUAUUUUCAAUGUCACAGCAAUGAUUUGACAAUGAUAUCCCAGCUGUGUGGAUGAAUAUGCCCUGAAUAUGCCUGAAUCAGCCUUGAUAAGCCUCUAUUUUUGGCUUUUUCAAGCUUUUCCAUCAUAGGAAAAUGUGUCUGGGUGGCAAAUAAAUGUGGACUGUGGUGCUCAAAGGAAUUCUGUUUACAUUGUGCUGUGUACCAUGGGUUGAUUCCAAAAAUAGGGGGCAGAAAAUACAUAUAGUAAGACUUUAUAUAGCACAUAUAACACAAUCCUUACAAUUUCAGUCCCUCUAGUCAAAAACAAAAUCAAAAUAAUAUCUUAAAGGACACUCACACACGUGUUAUCUAUACGUUGUAUUGCCAUAAACUGAAAAAUAAAUGGCAAUAACCUACCAAAACACUGUAUCUGUAGAAACAGCCAUUAAAAAAAACGUGACUCCUCUGCCAUCUGCUGGUGGUUAGCUUUUAUAGUUAUUAAUAACACGUAACUUACCAUGCAUGUACAGUAUGUGCCCUGAUGAAGGAACAGAAAUGUAACGAUAAAAAGGUGUGUUCUCUGAUUUUAUAACUCUAUUUUCUCUCCCUUUUCUCUGAAGCUUUUCUUCUACAAAGCUUAUUACCUGCCAUAUGCUCUCGAGUUGUUUUUACACUGAGCAAAUGAUGACUGUUAGCCUCAGAGAGAAUAUUACAGAAAGUAUUAGCUAAUCAGUUUGGUUGGUUUUAAGUUUAUCUGAAAUUAAAACAGCAAAUAAAAUGGGAGAUUGUAAUAUCAGGAAUUGACCUGAUAUAGAAGCAUUUUAAACAGAUUCUCCUCUUUUGUUAGUCUUUUCACCUUAUUAAAUAUGUCAGAAAUGAUGCUAAGCUAUGCUAAGCUAAGAACUGAUUUUAUGCUGUAUUCCAUUUGAACUCAGAUAUCAGAAUUUACUAGUUCAAACUAAUACAUUUCAGCAAAUUUCACACAUUUCUGUCCAAAUUCUAUCUGUGGACGUGUUAUAUUUAUGUGUUUGGACGUGCAAAAUAUUGUGUAUUGUGUUUGUUAUUAACUGAUAACUGCGGGACAAUGCUAAACCUGGUAAUGCUAACCUGGGUUAGCAUUUUUUAAAGAAAUUGACAUUAAACUUUGGUAAAUAACUGUUAAAGCAGUUGUAAUAAACACGAUUAGCUAAAAUUAAACCGAUAAGCUAAUUGAAUAUUUAGAAUUUUGAAUAUUAAGUAACGUUAAAUGGAAUGCAGCAUAUCUCACUAGCUAAGCAGCUUAUGUUAAAGAAGUGAAAACAUGAAUACAAUUCUAGUUACCGCUAAGCUAACUUUGCUAGUUUUGGGAAAACCUGAGUAAAAAAAAAAGUAUCCUUAGCUAAAUGAAGAACGUGAAGAAGUGCCAUGGUUUUGGUGAUUCCUGUUAAUAUUUGUACUUAUGAGAAAUAAAUCUUGUUCAAGAGAUUCAGGAA